ACAGCACAGGAUUGUGGGUAUUCUUUGGGUUAGCAUGCUACAUGCAUCAGCAGAUGCUGACAGUCGACAGAGAAAAUGAACAUCAAAAAUGCAUUUCUGGGUAUUUUCAUUCCAAUCGUGAAUCAGGAGCAGAUGGAAAAUAUCCUAUUUGUGGUGUAAAGAACAGACUGGGCGGGGCCACCUCACCCUGAAAACACCUGGAAUAUUUCUUUAACACAGUUCUAUCGCUGUUUUGGUAUAACUGUGUUAUUGAGGUUUUGUUUCAACCCAAUUAUAGCUCAUGUUGAACCCAGAAUAAUGAGUUAUUUAUACAUAAACUGAUUUUACUGUAAACUUGAUCCACUUGUUGCAUCAGAAAACUUUAUAUAUAUAACUAUGAGAUUCAGGUCUGUUAAAAUCAUGCUUUAUAAAUACAUUAACAUUUUUAUUAGAUAGGCGACAUAUUUUAGAUCUCUGAGGAUGAAAGGGAGCAGCAGUUAUCUGAAGGAGCAGAUAAAGGAGAUAUCCUGAGAUUGGAUUUGGAUUUGCUGUCAAUAUUCUAAAAACUCAAAUCAUUUCUUCUUUGGUUUCUGUCAUUUUCCAGCAACUUUUGAUUGAAUUUGAGUUUUUUGGUUUUAAUUCCAGCCGUCCGACCCGCUUCAGGCCAAGAACUGUUCAUUAAGGAAUACAUUUCUGUCAAUGAGACUAAAACAAAAUGUUUUAAAUAUUUUUUGCACAUAAAUCUUUAAAGUGACUUUAAAUAUUUGCAUAUUCUUCACAGAAACUGGUAGAAAAAUUGCAGAUUUAAAGGACCCGUCAUCACAAACAUCCACGGGGUCAUCAGCUCAAACAAAGGCACAGGCUCCAUUCUCCUCUCUACGUCCCUGAAGGUCAGAUUUCCGUCUCAGUUUUGGCGGCGAGCUCGUUGGUCAGCGUGGUGAAGGCGCCGGCCUUGCCCAGCUGGUACAGGUCGUUGGGCGGUUCCUCCAGAUGCUCCUCGGGUCGCUUCUGGACCCAUCCGGCCCUCUUCUGAUCAAACUCCGCCGUUAUCUGCCCCAGCGUCUUCCCUUUGGUCUCUGGCAGCGUCAGCCCCAGAACCACGGCGGAAACCGAACAGACCACCAGGAAGGGCAGGAAGCAGAAACUCCCCAGACCGCCGACGAUGAAGGGGAACAGCAUGCCCACCAGGAACAGGCUGAUCCACAUCAGAGAGCCGGCCACCAUGUAGGCGGCUGGCCGGCCGGCCUGGUCGAAGAUCUCGGCGGGCAGGAUGCCGGUCACCCCGGCAGGGCCCAGACCGAAGCUGAGGAUGUAGGCGAAGACGCAGGCCAUGCUGAGGUAGGACAUGCCCGCCACGCCGCGGCUCUGGAGGCUGAGCGCCACCGUGAAGACCACGCUCCAGCAGCUCAUCAGGCUGUAGCCGCCGAUCAGGAGGUACCUGCGGCCCACGCGCUCGAUCAGGAGGUUGCUGAGGAUGGAGGCGGUCAGCUCCGACGCCCCCGUGCCGAUGGUCACGUACUGGAUCUUGUCCGGAGGAAUCCCCGCCUCCAGGAAGAUGUAGGAGGCGUAGAAGUAGAUGGAGUCGUUGCCGCAGAGCAUCAUGGCGCUGCUGGCCGUCAUGACGGUCCGGAGCUGCAGCCGCAGGUCCUGGUCCCUGAACAGAGACAGGGGGGUCUUCGCAGGAGCAGAUGACCCCGAACGUAGAGCUGCCGACAUCUGCUGCUCCUGGAGCAUCUCGUCGAUCUCGGAGGCUGGAGCCUCGCCGCCGCGGAGCCUCUCCAGGGCCUUGACGCACGCCUCCCGGUCUCCGCGGUCGAUCAGGAGGUACCUGGGGCUCUCGGGGAACCAGGGGAGGGUCAGCAGCUGGAUCAGGGCCGGAAAGGCGUUGCUGGCUAGUAAGUAGGGCCAGAGAGGCUCCGCCCCCAGCAGCUCGCUGAGCCCCACCACUUGACCCAAGAAGAUCCCGAACGCGGUGAAGACGGCCGAGGAGAAAGCCACAGCCCCCCGGAGGUGUUUGGGCGCGCUCUCUCCAAAGUACAUGGGCUGGACGUUCAUGCUGACGCCCGAGUUCAUCCCCACCAGGAACCGCGCCACGAUCAGCAUCUCGAAGGAGCGCGCCGCCCUGCAGGUCAGCACCAGCAUGGCGCCCACCAGCAGGAAGGAGUUGUUCACCAGCAGAGACUUCUUCCUGCCGAACCGGACCGCCAUGGGACCCGCCAGCAGGGCCCCCAGCAGCCCCCCCAGCGAGAAGGCCGACACGAUCAGGGUCCACACCAGGGUCACCUGUGGGCUGGCCAAGGCCAUGCCCCAGCGCUCCAGGGCUCUGUCCCCGACCAAGAGGAAGGAGGACGACAAGAGCAAGCCGCGAGGCAAGGAGAAGUCAGGAGUCACAAAAGAGGGCGGGGACAAGGAGCGUGGGCGGAACAAGACCCGGACUCGGCGCAGCGCCUCCAGCAGGAGCAGCAGGUCCAGCUCCAGCUCCAGCAGCAGCUCAGGCUCCAGCUCCGGUUCCUCCAGCGGCUCCAGCUCCUCCGCCUCCAGCCACUCAGGCUCCUCCAGCUCCCGCUCCUCUUCUUCCUCCUCCUCAUCCUCCUCGCCGAGCCCCAGCCGCCAGCGUCAUAACAACCGGCGCCGCUCCCGGUCAAAGUCCAAAUCAGCCAAGAAAGAUGAGCGGGAACGCCGGCGGCAAAGCCCCACCCCCAAACCCACCAAGGUGUACCUGGGCCGGCUCACCAGGAAUGUCAUCAAGGAACACAUCCAUGAGAUCUUCUCCACCUACGGAAAGAUCAAGAUGAUCGACAUGCCCGUGAACCGCGCCCACCCCCACCUAUCCAAAGGUUACGCCUAUGUGGAGUUUGAGAACUCUGAGGAGGCGGAGAAGGCGCUGAAGCACAUGGAUGGAGGUCAGAUCGACGGUCAGGAGAUCACCGUCACCGCCGUGCUGACCCCUGUCAUCCGACCCCUGCCUCGCCGGCUAUCUCCACCCCGCAGGAUGCCUCCCCCACCCCCCAUGUGGCGGCGCACCCCCCCUCGGAUGAGAAGAAGAUCCCGGUCUCCUCGCCGCCGCUCUCCUGUCCGCCGGCGGUCACGAUCUCCGGGACGCCGACGCCAUCGCUCUCGCUCCAGCUCCAACUCCUCCCGUUAGCGACGCCCCUCCUCCUCUUCUCUUCAUCUUUGGCCCUUUGGGCUGAUUUUAACUGGUUCAGUCUUUAUUUGAGAAGGGGCGUGACUUAAAUCUGUCUCCGCCCCUUUCCACUGGUGACCUACAGACGAGGAUUUUCAGUCUCAGUGAAGCUGUGAACCCUGAAGGUCACUGACCUCACUCCUCCAAAGGUCAUGCUUUUGUUUUGUACGUUGUGAUGAUGCCCCGCCCCCUUCUGUAACUGUUCCAGUUUGUUUUAAAAAUAAAGUUUUGUCGUAUCGUGCCGUGAAAAA